AAGAGAUCCACGAUGGUCCAGAAUGCGGGAAUUGAAGUCGCGCUGUGCUCGGAGCAGUUUGGCUCCGGGGCGGCCCGGGGAUGCCGCGCCGCCGCCGACGGGAGCCUGCAGUGGGAGGCCGGAGGGUGGCACUGGUGGGGGUUCUCCGGGGUUUUCUCGGUGAAACCCGAAGGACGAGAUGGGGGCAGAGGGGGGACUCCUGGGGCCGCCUCAUCUCCUCUCUCCGGUCUCCUGGCUGUGUUCCUGCCGCAGGGCUUUCCUGACAGCGUCAGCCCAGACUAUCUGCCCUACCAGUUGUGGGACUCCGUGCAGGCCUUUGCUUCCAGCCUCUCAGGCGCCCUGGCCACCCAGGCAGUCUUGCUGGGCAUAGGGGUGGGGAACGCAAAAGCCUCUGUUUCAGCUGCCACAGCCACCUGGCUCGUGAAAGAUUCGACUGGCAUGCUGGGCCGCAUCGUCUUUGCCUGGUGGAAGGGGAGCAAGCUGGACUGUAAUGCCAAACAGUGGAGGCUUUUUGCUGACAUCCUCAACGAUGUAGCCAUGUUCCUCGAGAUUAUGGCUCCUAUAUUCCCAAUCUGCUUCGCCAUAACUGUCUGCACCAGCAACCUGGCCAAGUGCGUCGUGAGCGUGGCUGGCGGGGCUACUCGGGCUGCACUGACCAUGCACCAGGCCCGGAGAAACAACAUGGCUGAUGUGUCAGCCAAGGAUAGCAGCCAGGAGACACUGGUGAAUCUGGCAGGGCUCCUGGUCAGCCUCUUGAUGCUUCCCAUGGUGUCAGAUUGUCCCAGCUUGAGCCUCGGAUGUUUCUUCCUCCUCACUGCUCUCCACAUCUAUGCCAACUACCGGGCAGUCCGAGCCCUUGUCAUGGAGACCUUGAAUGAAGGCCGGCUCUGGCUGGUCCUAAAGCACUUCCUUCAGAAGGGAGAGGUGCUCAACCCCACUUCAGCCAAUCAGAUGGAACCACUGUGGACAGGUUUCUGGCCAUCUCUGUCUCUGUCCCUUGGGGUCCCCCUGCACUGCUUGGUUUCCAGUGUGUCUGAGCUGCAACAGCUGAUUGACGGGCACCAAGAACCCUACCUCCUUCGCUGGGACCCAUCACGAAACCAGAUACAGGUAGUUCUGAGCCAGACGGCAGGCCCUGAGACGGUCCUAAGAGCUGCCACACACGGGCUGGUGCUUGGAGCCCUGAAGCAAGAUGGGCCUCUCCCAGGAGAGCUGGAGGAGCUGAGGAACCAGUUGCAGGCAGGUCCUGAGAAAGAUUGCUGGGUCAUUGUCAAGGAGACACACCAAGUGUUGGACAAGCUGUUCCCAAAGUUCUUGAAAGGACUACAAGAUGCUGGCUGGAAGACUGAGAAGCACCAACUAGAGGUGGAUGAGUGGAGAGCCACAUGGCUCCUAUCUCCAGAAAAGAAGGUGCUGUGAGCAGCCCAGAAUGAGGCCCAGGAGCCAGGAGCAAGGACACUGGCCACAGCAGAAUGUGUGAAAGGCAGUUUUAUUUUUGUGUAGGCAAACUGCUGUGGCAGGUUGGCCAAGGUCCUGUGGAAAGUGACUGGGCCCCGGGCAGAGACAAGGUUGAGAGAAGGGGAACGAGGGCCUUCCCCACUCCUGCCCCACCCUUUUCUUGUGGGGCCCCCACCCCACUCCUUGUGAAGCUGAGCCC